AACUGCAACACAUGCUUCGGUCUCACCCUCGCGCCACGCCGCUCCGCUCCGCUUCGAGCCGAAUGCAAACAAUCAGCGAUAGGAAAAUCGCGCUCUGAUAGCGAUAUCAACCACAGCUAACAAUCCGAAAUUCGAAGCGCUUACUUAUCAAUCGGUAGACGAUAAGAUUAGUGUGUCAUCGAUGGUUAAACCAGACGGAAACAAGCUCAACAUACCCACCUGGUAGAACUCGACCCCGGAGCACAUAGUCUUGUGCGGACGCGCGGCCACAGCGGUCGACACCAUCGUCAUGCAGACAGAGAGACCACCGCCAGCAAGUGGCUUUCUGCCCAUACCCACGGCCCAUAGUCCGGAGGUAAAGCGGGAAGUGAUCCAGCAGGCAGGACAGGGAACCUGCUGCAACCAGGAUCGGCGCAAUCAACCACAGGCGAAUGCCAUUGGAGCUGCUGCCUUGAUCUUCCUCUCUGGCGGACUGCACAUCGCCUGGAGCAUUGGAUUCGACAGUCUAUUGGAGCUGGAGGUCAGUUCGCACCUGCGCAUCAGUUGGUUCAUUGCGGCCAUUGUCGGAGCAAUGGUGGGUGGCUUCUUUAGCCGCCGAUUCACCUACAAGCAGCUCAUGCAAACGUGCGCAAUGCUUACGGUCAUUGGAGGAACUGUGAUGGGGGCCAGGCGGUUCAAUGUCAGGGCCAUGCUCGUGGCGAGGUACUUGAACGGAUUCGGCAAUGGUCUGGCCCUCGCUCCCACACUGGCCAUGGCCGGGGAGCUGUCCGUGUACUACAAGCGAGGAACAACGGCCUCGGCCGGCGAGCAAUGGCCCACCACUUUGGGGAUCUUUGUGCAGAUCGUGUGCAGCGCCAGCUGGGACACGGAGAGCGAGUUCACGGUGGAGCAGUUCCAGGGCGUACUCAGCGCCAUCCUGGGCGUGAUUGCCAUAUGCAUGGCCUGGCUGCUGACAAUCGAAUCGCCCGUGGAUCUGCUGGGCCGGGGUGACGACCAGGGAGCCAUCGAUGCUUUGAGCCGUCUACAUCGUCCCAGAGCCGUCACCGCUGAAACCUAUGAUCAGAUGGACAAUCAUCACACCUAUCUGACCCACAACCAGCCGAUGCGAGGGCUAAGAGCCUGGACGGAGGCCCUGCCCGCCCUGCUGCACCUCUGCCUGAUGCGGGGACUGUACGCCAUUAGCUCCAGCAUGCUGGUAGCCUUCACCCUGAGCUGCACAAGCACCAUUGUAUAUCCCGGUAGCUCGGGGCCCUUUGUGCUCUUCGGCAUCCUGCGACUGGUGGGCAGCUUCACGAGCGCCUUCGCCUUGGACACGCUUGGCCGCAAGAUCCCCUUGCUGCUGGGCCUGGUAAUGGCUGGUGGACUGGCGGUCGGAGUGGCCAGUAGGUUUGUGGGGAGCGAGCUGGUGCGGGUCAAGGACAUGAGGAUGGCCCUCUGGCUGCUGCUCCUGUACCAGCUGUUUGCGGGCUUUGGCUUUGGCCCGAGCUCGGCCUACCUAUCGGAGGCCUUUCCUCGGAGUGUGAAGCGGCAGUGCAUUGCCCUGGCCUACGUGGCGGAGAUGAUCAUCCAGCUGGGCAUUUGUCGCAUCGAUCUCAGCAGGCACAUCGACAGCAUUGACAAUAUCGCUGCCUUUUUCUUCAGCCUUGCUGCUCUGCUGCUGGCGGAGUUUCUGUGCAGCAUCUGGUGCAUGCCAGAGACCAAGCUGACGACUCUGCUACAGGCGCAGAUAAAGUUCCGGAACUUUGUGGUCUCGCAAGCCUGAAAGUAGGCUACUCUCACACAUCACACAAUAAGACUACCUACCGCCCACCCCCUAGAUAUAGCUGUGAAUAAAUCUGUAAUCUAUAUAGUAA